GUGUUUAUAGGCUUGGUUGCCCGCAGCAGCAUUUCACGAGAGAGAGAGAGGCGUUAUUUAUACACAACAAGAUUAAUUAGGUAAGAUAACACGAGUAUGAUAUUUCGUUCAAUUAAAAAGUGGGCUGAAUAUUUUUAAUCGUUUCAUAACGUGAUCUAAGACUUCCUAAGUCGAUGGAACAUGAUGAGACUGAUAUAUGUGUAUAUUGGUAUGUUGACGGCAAGGCUUAUCCAUAUGUUUAUCCUUGUUUUGAUUUCAAUCAUUUGCUUAAAGAACUAUACUUGAGCGCAUCGUGUGCGAUAAGUGACUUUGGGUGGUAAACAGAAAAGAGGUUCCUGCUGCUCCGCUUCGUUCCCGCGAUAACCUCCUGAUUUCUGUUGCGCUGGCAACAAAAUUGUCCAACAAUGUAAAGUACCCUUGAUUGAACUACCUAUUAGACAACGCCGCUUCCCCCCCCCCCGCUUUAGGCGAUCUUCCAACACGUCCUCCCCUCCUGCUCGGAGGAAGCGCGCUUUGUUUUUAUAGAAGCCCGUCACGGUGACAUAAGCAAAUUUUGAAGGGGGCGCACACAUUACAAAAUGGCCCCCACCGUCAGUUUAGUCAAUGUAAGAUUUACACCCAGGUAGGCGAGGUUAACUUGAAUGCUUAUGCCGCAGCCCUACACCGGGGUACAGGCGCUCUACACCGCUGAAUUUCAAACCGCAGGCGAGAAUGUCAAUAUCGAUACGUCAUACGUUCCAGCAAAGUCUUUUACUUUGAGUUUAGCGACAAGAACUAUGUUUUUUCUUUGAUCUUGAUCCGAUAUUUUUAUUGCUGACCUUAUUUUGCACAAAACGUGAGAAGAGUCUUAUCGACUAGAACAAUUAGAGAAGGUAAAUCAUACCUCUAGUAUACAUGCUCAGGACAGGAUAUAUAAACUGGCUUGGACGCCACAUGAGAGAUAUCAGUCCCAAUAUCAAACUUCUUUUUACAAGUGGCAAAAACGUUGACGUUUUGAUUAAAAAAUUAUGGAUAGUCAUUUGAAGCAUUUUUUUCGCCAGCCUUUCGGUUUUCUGAUUCACUUAGUAACUCGCUGCUCUUCUUAGGUAUGCAGCUAAAACGACGAUUAUCUUAAAAUAAGGAUUACUUCUUAUUUGCGAAUACAGAAGAUAGGCUUGGGUUCACACACAAUAUUUUUUGUCGCUUCAGCAUCGCUGUGGUUCCGUGUUCUUUAAACAGUGAAUCAAUUAACUAUUUUUCUGCAUCUUGGAUAUUGUCUUUGAGGACUGAUCUAAUUAUAGUCAACCCACUCUAAACUGGACAAUAUAAUGGCAUUGAUUCAUAAAAUCAGUUUUAUCUUCAAGACACCUCAAUCAGAAGUUACUGCGGUGCUCUCUUUCAUUAAGGGCGGUCAUACCAUAUUCGAAUCAAAAGACUGUGUAUGUCCAGCGGAAUGUCUAAGACACACAAACAUGUGCCAAACGCUUCCUGCGACCAUCCCAUGUUAAAAAAGCAAAUCAAUUUCCAUCCUUAGCAUUCUCGAUCCAUCUGUUCAAAACAUCGUUAUUCCGUACUCAUAAUCGAGUAAAUCCCGCGAAAGAAUCGUGCGCGUUACGUGACACCUAAGAGAUUCAUGUUAUCCUACCAAUAUUUUUUAGAAACGUGACCAUUUUAUUGACAGCUGUGUGCGGAAUGUUUUUAACAUUUGAUGCCGGAUAUAGAAAUAAAACGAUCAAACCAAUGUUUACUCUUUGAAAACGAUUUCAGAAGUGCUUGAUGGUUGAAAGGCAACCUUAAUAUAUACCGCGUGUAUAUGGACUAAAUUUAAACAAAGUGAUCGCUGAAAAGUCCUAACACUUAAACAAUGAAAAAUAAAUCAUUUUAACAAUUUGAUUGUCUCUCGGCUUAUUUCUACUUGUUAAAAACUCAUGAUAUUCUUUCAGAAAGAAUUUGAGGCAUUAUAUCAUAAUCUCUAAAACUAUUACAACAACACAUUAGCACACAAACAACUUUUGGCUAUUUGUGAGCGAUUUAUUAUACCUAGCUGUUGUCCAUAAUCUACCAUUUUAAACUACGAACACGCAUGCAGGUGGCACAAACAAUUUAGCAGUAGAACUAACUGUUUAUCACCUUUAAAUUACAUGAAUCGCGAAUGCUUUCAUUAGCAAUAACUCAUUUUGAUUUAUAGUUAUGCAGUUCCCUAGUUUCCGUUCCUGAAUUCACUCGUCUGUUCAACUGUUCCGGCAUUUUUGCUGUUUAAUUUCUCUUUCAAAUUAUUGAAAUUUGUUGCAUUCUUUCUUUUAAAGUUACCUGGUUUUUACUGUAGUUUGGAAUUCGUAAAACAGCGAAGAAAGCCAUUUGUAAAAAAUGCAAGAUUCAGAUCAAGUAAUACUGAUAAUAAUAUGAUUGUGUUGAUAAUAAUAGGAACAGACUAAACAACAAAGUAACUGCGGAUUCCCAUGACAUCAGCGUAAAUGUUUUCAACAUUCCAGACCUCUGAAUGCUGCCUACAGUAAUUGAUUUUUGCUGUAGAAAUGUGGGGAAAGCCUUUGAAAAUGGAUGGAGUUUUUCGAGGCGUUUUUCACUGCCAUGCAGAAUUUAUUAAGCGAUGAAAUUUUGCUAAAAAUCAACCCUAAAUAAAACGGUGAUUAAUCUAGGAGAAUUAGUCUUUAAAGGUGAUACGGCUUUGGGUAGAUUGCAUUCAGUCAUUAACCUUGAACCUGAUGUAUAUUAUGUCGUCUGGAUUACGAUAAAGCACAUUCGAGAAUCAUUACAACUCCUUCUAGUAUUAGAAUGUAAGUCUAUUUCCCAUGUGUAUUAUUCCCAAUUCCUUCGAAAGUAAAGACGAAAUCCUGAUUAGGUUGGCCAUGUGUGAAGUUGAGUGCGAGUUGCCAAAUAUCUGUUUAGUGUAAAUAUAUCUGUUUGUUCAAAGCACUCUGAGUGCGCGACUUCAUUGGUCAACACACAACUCAAUACUUGAUCUCCCGUCAAGCGCAUUGAAAUCAUAUACGAUUGCUUGUAUCGAGGAUUAACUUGCAUAAAUAGCAUUCAAAGGAACGAAAGAGUCCUUGACGAAUUUUUUUAUGUUCCCUCGUUGGCUCAAGCGCUAGGAGCCCCAAACCAACGAUUGCAGUUAUUGUUUCCGUUCGUUGUUUGGCAGCUAAUUAGCAUUUCAUGCGCGUGUUUAAUUGGCGACGAUAUACGCGAUAAGUGGGGCCCCGAAGCACAUUUAAAACGCCUGUUUCCGACCGUAAUCAAUCAUUAUUGACUCUGCCUCUCGGACGUUGGAAGUUCAAGAAAUUAGCUCUCCGAAGAAACAUUUUUCUACGCAAAGGUUAACAACAAGACGUCAAACUACGAUGGCUUUAAAAACGAUCAUAGUUAUCGCUGUUUUUUUGCUGUAUUCUGUGGGUACUGUACACUCCAGGAAGCGAAGGAGUAGAAAUAAUUCUCCUGAUGCAGUUAACCCACACAAGACUUGGUUGCAAUUUCAAAAUUUUGCAAGCACUUAUGAAGGUGGUUCCUCGGAGAAACAAAAUAAUUUGUACAAGACGAAGGAUGGAAAAGUGGUGUGCAAGUGCCCUCGGGGACCUCCAGGUCCAUCUGGACCACGUGGCCCACCAGGAGCUGAAAUGACUGAAGCUCAUUUGAUGGCGAAAUUUAGAACCUUAAUACGAGCGACAGCUCAGAGGAGAUCAAGCCGAAUAAGAGAGACUUCCGAUCAGGCGAUGACUUUAAUGGCAACUGGAGCGGCUGAUCUUGUUUCUGCGUUCCACAUUGAGCUAAAAAAUAACGUGCAGGUUCCAAGGAAAAGCAUGUUGGAACUUAGAAACUAUAAAAGCAAUGUUGGUCAGUAUGGUACUUUUGUCCGAGGGGAUGAUAUUGACUUCCGUACGGGUCAGUUCACCGUUCCUUACACGGCAAUCUACCGAUUUUCUGCGGGCAUUAACAUUGCCCGAUUUAGAGAGGCCAGUCUCCGACCACGUGAUCUUAUCAAAGUCCUCAUUUGCAUUGAUUUUCAAUGUAACAGAAAUACCUCAUUGAUGACCGUGAGUGGACUAUCGUCAAACAGCCGGGUGUUCACAGUUCGUGUGGAAGGACUGUUAUCGUUGACGGCUGGCCAGCAUGUCUCCGUUUAUGUCGAUAAUAACUCCGGAAAUCCUGUGGUUGUUCAAGCGAGAUCUACGUUUACAGGAAUGCUAAUUGGAAUAUAAUCAAUGACAUUCUGAGAAAUCUUUGCGUAACACGGAAUCAAUGAACUAUUAUAGUAAAACUAUAGCUAUAUCUAACUUAUCUGAUGUCGAGGACGGAGACAACACGUUAUUCAUCUUCAAUUCUUCGUCAUUUUUUUAAUGUUAAAACGUAAAAGCCUCUGUGAAACACUGCUGACUAUAGUGUUUGUAAAGUAUAAGCUAUUAUUUGUAAAGUAGAUUGGCAUGCAUGUAGCUAUCCUUGAUGACAUGCGUAUGGACGCUGUGCAAGACCUGUGGUGAAAUAUUCGAAUGAUUUGUGUUUUGCUCAGACGAAGUGAAGAUGGGAGUUGAGUUGGGAAGACUUGAUUGGAAAUAAGAAGCGAAGAAAAUGCUAAGAUUCCUUUCAGAAACCAAUCAAGGAAUGCUUUAAGUUGCUGCCGAAAAGAAACGCCUCUCUCGUCCUUGUUGGAUGGCCAAGAGAAUAAGUGUGGAUUGUGUUGGGAUGGCUUGAUGAUUUCAUUUUAUUCUAUGUCCCAUCCUCAGCAAUAUUUCAUAUACAAGAAUAUAUUUACUGAUGCUAAAAGGUCACCGAAAAAAGUUUUCUUUUCAAGUUUUUGUGCAUGAUCUAGUGAUAUAUACUUAACUAUUAUAUCUAAAUGUAAAUAAGCGUAUCUACUGUGUAAAAUUACUCUUGUGAUGUUAUACAUAUAUAUUAUAGAAUAUUUAUACAUAAUUUGUCAGGAUAAGUUGAAGGCAAUCCAGGGAGAUUCAGAUGAAUUCAAGUCUGCUUAGCAGAUCAAUUCAACCAACUCAUUGAGCCUUUUUUAUACCUUUGUCAAUAUUUUUAAUAAAAGUAUAUACAUGAUAAAUAAAUAACUCCAACGAACGUUA